AUGCCGACUCCCACCCCGCCACCCCCAACUCCUUGGCAUUGCCGACCUCCCACCACAUCUACCACCCUCGCCGAUAUGCCACGACACGUCUCCCAUCAUCGCCCGCCCAACAUCGCCCAAUCCUCCAGUAACACAGCCCUCGGACCCCCGAUCUCGACGGUUGGAGCUCUUUGGAUUCGCGGCACACCUUCCAGCAUGCCCCGGCCAUACCAACCACCUGUCCAUAACGGCAAUCGGCACGACAACCCCCCCCUUUCCCCAUCUCCUCUCUCACACUCGACCUCCGCAUCUGCCCAGCCCGCUCUCACCUGCCAUUUGUCGACCAGGAUGAAGGGGUGA